AUGGCCCUGCGUUUUGGCAGCACAGGCUUUUACAGUUACUACGUGCACUUCGCUAACCAGGCAGCUGGCUGCAUCCAGCAGUUCAAUCAGAACACAUACUGGGGCACACUCGACUGUGAAUCGUAUUGCCGAAUCUUUGCCGCCCGCACCUCCCUCUCUUGUGAGCUAUACGGAGCCCUCUCCCAUCCUGCCACAGCAUGCAUCGUCAGCGCCCCACUACCCUAUCCACGCUCAUCCUUCUCUCACAACACCACAGCUUUUAACAGCUUGUCACCUGCUGCACCUCCACCUCAAAUCAUCCCUAGAGUCCCUAGACAUUCGACGCACUGUCAAUGUUCCCAUGCCAAAAAGAGUCAACAAGAGAGGAAGGGCCUAUCCUGUACCAAGCCAGAAGGAUGGUUCUCAAUAACUUCAACCACCUCAGCUGCACCCUCGCCACCUGUUGCUUCCGACACGUCUGCUCCUUCUGUGGGGGUGCCCAUGCUAGGUGUACCUGCCCACAUAACCCAACUACGCCCGCCAGCUGAUUAG